GCCAUCUAGUGGUCAGACCCGGUAAACAGCCUCCAUCCGCUCGGUGGAAGAGCAUUAGCAGAGUUGAAGAUGGCGUCGGCAGUCCUUCAGAGAGUCCGCGGUAGCUUGGGUCGGGCUAAAAGCGGGGCCCACUCAGCCGGACAGCUCCUGGUUUGGGGCAGGGGCUUUGCAGUGUCCAGCAGCAGAAACCGUGAGGACAGCUGGUUCAAGUCACUCUUUGUGAGGAAGGUUGACCCCAGAAAAGACGCACACUCCAAUCUUCUGACCAAAAAUGAAGAAAGCAACCUCUACAAAAUUCAGUUCCACAAUGUCAAGCCAGAGUGCCUGGAUGCCUACAACAAACUUUGUGAGGAAGUGUUGCCCUCCAUCCACGCUGAUACGAACUACUCCUGUGAGCUGGUGGGAACAUGGAAUACCUGGUAUGGAGAACAAGACCAGGCUGUUCAUAUGUGGCGUUAUAGAGGUGGAUACCCGGCUCUGACAGAGGUCAUGAACAAGCUCAGGCAGAACAAGGAGUUCACGGCCUACAGGAAGGAGCGGGGUAAGAUGCUGUUGUCUCGCAGGAAUCAGCUCCUACUGGAGUUCAGCUUCUGGAACGAGCCUGUGCCCCGAGAGGGUCCCAACAUCUACGAGCUCAGGUCCUACCAGCUCAGGCCAGGAACCAUGAUCGAGUGGGGUAAUUACUGGGCCAGAGCCAUUAGAUACCGCCAGCACAACAGUGAAGCUGUGGGAGGGUUUUUCUCACAGAUCGGUAACCUCUACAUGGUCCAUCACCUCUGGGCUUACAAAGAUCUUCAGUCCAGACAAGAAACGAGGGACGGCGCCUGGCAGCAGGACGGAUGGGACGAGGUGGUGUAUUACACAGUUCCUCUGAUUCAACACAUGGAUUCUAGGAUCAUGAUCCCAACGAAGGCCUCCCCGCUGCAGUAAAAAGAGACGCGAGCUGGAGGCUGAUAUCAGGUGGCACCCUUCUGAAUGUCACAUCCAUCCAGAGCAUCAACUAUCACAAUGGGUUCGACCUCCCGUCAGUGCUGCCAAACAUCAUCCCCUCUCCGCUUUAUUUUCUCAAGGUGUCACUCCGACAGAGCAGGCAGCAAUACCUGCUUUUUAAAUUAAAAUAGUUAAUGAAAGGCAGUUACGGUCACCGCAUAACUUUUUUCUUUUUUUUUUUUUUUUUUUUUCGGGUUCUGGGGCAGGGCGAGUAAAUUUGACCAAUUCAAACCUCCUGAUGGUCGUUAUGUCCGACGUCUCGUGCCACAUUAAAACUGGUCCAUGAAGAGAGCUCGCCUCUAAGUUUAGAACCAAAGUUACUUGAAAAAAAAAUAACAAGCAGCUGUGUGGCGUGUAAGUGAGGGAACAGAUUAAAAUAAAGACUGCUGAAGCUCCCUGCUCAGUGCGGGAGAUUUUUAUUUAAUGUAAAUUGAGAAUACAGAUUUACUUUUUAAGUGCGGUGAGAGUGGCUCUUUGAAGUCAUGCCCUCGCUGACCGAAGCUGGAAAAACCUCUGUAUAUUCAUAAACACUGUCACAAAUAUCUACUAUAACGGUGUAAAAUGCAGAUGUCAUAAUUUUAUAUUUGAUGUCUUGUUAUUAUAAAUCAGAUACUGUUUUGGUCCUUCUUUCAGUUGCUUUUCCUGGAUGUAUCUAGAUUCCCUGUCAUGAUAGUGUUUCAUGGUGUUGUGUUUGUAACUAUGGCUUCCACUUUCUUUCUUGUAACAACAAGCAUGCCAGGUUUUAAAAAACGGUUUUUAUCCAGUGUGUUUUAACGGGGCAUAACGAUCAUUGUACGGUAGAGAGAAAUCAAAGCGGACGGCUGCGCUGCUUCGUACUGUAGUAGAGGGUUUAUUGUUUAAAAGAAGCAUGUUUAUCUGGUCUUUUUUGCUCAGCAGGAUCAAUGUAGAGGAAAAAGGACAAGGACACAGAUUAAAGUCGUUCAUCCUCGAUA